AUGCGGAUGGUGGUAUUUCAUGAUUCUCAUGAAUUAUGGCAAGCAAUUGUAGGUGAGAAUGUCUCGAAGAAGAAUGAUUGUCUCGCUCUGUCUGUGAUUUUCGGAGCAGUUCAUGAGGAGACGAUAACGGUUCUUGACGCAAAGAAGACGAUUAAGGAGAGCUGGGAGAUUCUUCGUUCGCAGAAUCUUGGCGUGGAUAAAGUGAUUCAGUCAAUAAUUCAAAGCCUGAAACAUGAGUACGAAAUUCUCACGAUGUAG